AUGGCCAAGACUGAACCCAAGAUGGUGCAAAAUCUGGCCUCAGUCAUGCAGGUUCUCCUGCAGCAGAUUCAAGAUAAAUUUCAGAUCAUGUCUGACCAGAUGAUUGGAAGAAUUGAUGAUGUGAAUAGUCGCAUUGAUGAUCUGGAGAAAAACAUUGCAGACCUCAUGACACAGGCUGGAGUGGAAGAACUGGAAUGUGAAUGCAAGAUACCGGCCACACAAAAGUGUUAA